AUGUAUUCGGGGCCUCCUCGGUGUGGCUAUCCUGCAUACCGUGCCCAACCCCCACCACAGGACACCCCCAGCGGGCAGGAUGCAGGGUUUGACUCACCCGCACAGCAAAGCCAAGAGCCUCAAGAUGUCGGUUCCCCCCACAGCCAGCAGGAAGCCCAGGCCAUCGACCAGGAGCUCUUCACCGAAUACAAGUUCAGCGUCGACCAACUCAUGGAGCUGGCGGGGCUCAGCUGUGCCACAGCCAUCGCCAAGGCCUACCCGCCCGGCUCCUUCACCAAACCCCAGCCCACCGUGCUUGUCGUGUGCGGCCCUGGGAACAAUGGAGGCGACGGUUUGGUCUGUGCGAGGCACCUGAAACUGUUUGGCUACGAGCCAACGGUAUACUACCCCAAGCGCCCCAGCAAAGCCCUGUUUGAGGGUCUAACCACUCAGUGCCAGAAAAUGGACAUCCCCUUCCUGCCUGAGUUCCCGGCCGAGGCGAUGCUGAUUGACGAGCUGUACGGGUUGGUCGUGGACGCCAUCUUCGGGUUCAGCUUCCAGGGGGCCGUGCGGGAGCCUUUCGGCAGCAUCCUCAAGACCCUGGCGCAGGUCACCGUCCCCAUCGCCAGCAUCGACAUCCCGUCUGCCUGGGAUGUGGAGAAGGGCAACCCCGACGGGCUCCAGCCAGACAUGCUGAUCUCCCUCACGGCGCCCAAAGCAGCGGCACGGCACUUCACCGGGCGCUACCACUUCUUGGGGGGAAGGUUUGUGCCGGCAGCGCUGGAGAGGAAGUAUGGGCUCAACCUGCCAGCAUACCCUGGCACCGACUGCACCCUUCAGCUCAUGUAGUGCAGCCGGGGACGGGGGCAGAAUGGGAAGGGUAGUCCGAUGCUUCUGCAAGCAUCCUGCUAGGAGGGGGUGCUGCCAGGGCUUCUCUGCUGCACAGCAGGGACCCCAUCCUGCCAAAGUUACUCAGCAGCAGGCGACAGGAGCCAAAGCCCUCUACCAGUCUCGGGGGUGUUCACAUCCCGGCAGCCAGCUUCAGCUCAGCCAUGCAAGGUGGGGGGGUGGCAAGGAGAGUAGUUCUGUAGAAGCCAGUAGCCCAGUGCCGAACACUGCAUUUUGCCCGUUCCCAGUUUGGUGUCCACACAUACACCCCUCUGUUUCACUGCAAUAAAGAUUUAUUGUUGCUUAAAA